GCCGCCAUGGCGCAGCCCGGCAGCGGCGGCCGCGCCGUCACGGUGAGCGACGUGCAGCAGCUGGUGCGCAGGAAGGACGAGAUCGAGGCGCAGAUCAAGGCCUACUACGAGGUCCUGGAGGACCAAAAGGGCGUUGGGAUGAACGAGCCGCUCGUGGACGUGGAGGGGUUCCCGCGCGCCGACAUCGACCUCUACCAAGUGCGCACGGCCCGGCACAACAUCAUCUGCCUGCAGAACGACCACAAGGCCCUGAUGAAGGAGGUGGAGGAAGCCCUUCACCAGCUGCACGCCCGGGAGAAGGAGAAGCAGGCCAAGGACGAGGCGGAAGCCCUGGCCGAGGCCCGGAGCCAGGAGCAGGGGCAGCCCCGGCCGUUUGCCCGCGUUAACGAGGUCACACCGGGCUCUCCUGCCAGUCUCUCGGGGCUCCAGGUGGAUGAUGAGAUUGUGGAGUUUGGCUCUGUCAACGCACACAACUUCCAGAACCUGCAGAACAUCGCCACAGUGGUGCAGCACAGCGAGGGGAGACCCCUGAGUGUGACUGUGAUCCGCGGUGGCAAGAAGGUGCACGUGGGGCUGACACCAAAGCGCUGGGCCGGGAAGGGCCUUCUGGGCUGCAAUAUCAUUCCCAUGCAAAGAUGACUCUUGCUUGGAGAACAGUAAAGUUGAAGCUUGUGGCUGCUUUCUGGACUCGGAUCUGAUUUGAAAACUUCCCCUACAGUCUUCGUGUGUUUUGCUGGAACAAAUAUUUCAGGGGCUGUGACCUCCAGGUGCCAAACGCGCCGAGUGUGAAGGAGCUGACAGAGCAGGGCCUGGCCACUGCUCAGAACCACGCUGGUUCGUGAGGAGCAGCAUGCUGAGCUGCAGGAUAUGUCUCCUCAUCCCUUACACCUCGCRUGAAUUCACAAUCAGGCUGCAAAGAUAGGCAAAGUUUUUCAGUUAAUGAAGAUACAGAUUCUUAAAAAAAAAAAAAUGCUGAUUUGUCGGUAACAAAGCAUUUUUUCUUUCCCCUUCUCACUGAACAUCUUGCAAAAGAUGUCAAAAAGUCUUGGAACACUUAAGUUUUCUCUGUAAUAAUAGGUCACAGUCAGGAAACAUGCAAGUUUGAUCUUCUGUGUGUUAUUAUGACUUUUGAAGUUGCUAAGUAUGAAAGAAUUUUCAGAACUCUAAUUAUUUUAAGUUAAUGGGACAAAAAUAGGGGUUAUAAUGCUAUUUUUCUUUACUUUUACUGUUUCCUAUAGUCAUGAGGAUGUAAAAUUAGUCCUAACUUGAUUUUUAAAAGUGAGCUUAUUUACCAUGGAUGGUUUUAUGG